UAUUCAAAAUCACCAAGACGUUUUGCUGGAACGGCAAAUAAUGGCAGCAGUAGAGGCAACAAUCGGAAGCGCAAACAGGGUGACCAAAAUCCCAAUGCCAUCAUUAGCCCCAAUUAUUCAUUAGAAGUGCUGAUGAGCACCGAUUUCCCGCAAAAUAUGGAAAUUGGAGAGUUGGCUAGGCGUAUCGCAGAGGCAUUGGGUGAGCGCGAUGCAAAAUUCAUGACAAGCGAAUUGCUAAAGUUGGAUAGCGUAUGGUUUCUGCAUUACCUGAAUACCGUUGCGGUGCACAGGCACGAGCGACUACGCGAGAAGGAGCAGGACAUGUUGCUUACCUUACUGACAGCCAAAGGACGUCACGUGUUUGUGUAUGGUAGCCUUGGGGAACUAAACGAUAUUCGAUCGGCCUCUUAA